CAAUGAACGUCGGGAUUACGCGGCUCCGGCGGUAGUGCACGUACAGCUGAUUUGCAACCCGCCGAAGCAACGCCACAGAGAGGGGGAAAAUGUCGCUGGCGUCGACACGGACCGUUCUAGGAUCAGUGUCCUUUUAGGAGAAAUCAGACGGCAAAUCGAUUUUGCGGGAUCGCAACAACCUCAGCACUUUAGGUUUUAACUCACAGAGAUAGUGUACCCUCUCCUUUUAUUAUGUCAAUACUAAUCAUAACAAUAUAAGAGCAUUUCGAGUAUGCUGUAACUUUAUAGUAGAAGCGGCUAUAUCUUUGUAUUGGAUCCUUCUCCUCUGUCACCUUGAUAAGUCAAAGUUUAGGGUGAACUUAGUGAUGGACCCAUCCACUAGUGUGGUGGGCCUAGACGCCCAGGGCAACAUGCUGUUCAGGGUGGUGAAGCCAGUGAUGGGCAUCUUUCAAGUAACGUCUGAACAGGCCAACAGCGUCGGGCAGGGCGGCGUGGGGCUACAGGGUUUACCUGAAAACACCAUGGUCCUCUCUCAAGGACCGGGCCAGGCUCCACUCGGGCAGAGCGAGGUGGUAAUGCCCAGCCUACAGCCUCAUAUCCAGGCCCAGAUGCAGGCCCCUGCUCCAGCCCUGGCCGAAGACGCCUUGCAGAAUCAGGACCCGCCGCCAAACCCAAAUUCAGAAUCCGUGACACAGAUGCCGUUUGCAGAGGUGUCAUCACUCCUGGAUCCCAACAUGAAAGGAUCCAAGGCUCGGAAAUAUCUCAUCUCAUAUGAGGAAAUCAAACGUCGACUACAGGCCCCUGAGAAGAUGUCCCUGCGCUCACUGGCAGCCUACACUCGGGUCAGCAGGGGCCCGGCCAGCAAGAAAACGCUGCUGGAGUCGCUCAAUGUACUUGGCCUCACACCCAGCACAACCACGUCUGUGUCCUCCUCCUUCUCCAAACUCACUGAAGGAGACACCAAAGCUUUGUGUGCGGACAUGAAGGACUUUGCCCACGACUACGUGGACUACGGCAACAUGGCUAAACAGCUCAUCCCCGAAACAAACACAGUGCAACACUGGUCCAAGAUUAUUGAAACAAAGAACCACCUUGAGGAUAUGAGGAAAUGUUUCAAAGACCCAGUCAACAGCGGUGCGUUCGACAACGUCACUCACGGCCUCGGUCUAGGAAUGUUGGAUGUUGCGCUGGACAUGAUCACCAUGGUGAUUGACCGUCAGAUUCGCAUCCUGUCUGGCGCCGCAGCAUCGGACCCACCCGAGUCCGGCCCACCAAUGAGGCGCAUCCGCAGGCGCCACCGCAAGCCCCACUCCACUGACAAGGAGAAGCCUCACAAGGUGCCUGGAGGGGUCAAAGGCCACGGCAAGGUCCUGUCCAAGGCCAAGGGGCAGGGCAGAGGCAGGAAGAAGCUGCGACCGGAAAUGGGAGCAGCUGCUACCAUGGAAACGCAGGCAGAGCAGUGCAAGCCAGAUGAGGUGGAGAGCAACGUCCUCACCCUGGUUUCUGUCGGAUACGAGACCAUCUCCAGUGGCCUCAACGCAACCGGGCCGGUCUGACGGAGCGCUGUAGAAACUGUGUGAUAUUAGAUCAUGCUCAGGAUUAGCCCGGUAAAUCUAGAGUCCUUUAGAAGCGGCCCUUAUAUAGCUCCACUGAAAGGGAAACUCAGGGAUGUGACGCAGACUCUGCAAGUGAGCUGGGUUAUCCAGAUCCAGAACCGACCUGUGAAGGAGAUCACAGCUGUGGUGAGCUCAGCAUCAGCAUCAGUGUACGAUGUCACAUCUUGGACCUCACCACUGCUUAUUUGCUAGAAACUGUUUCAUACUUACUCUGAUGUCUAAAUAAAGCCGGUCAAUUAAUAUAUUAUUAUUAUUUUUUCACCCUACGCAGUUUUCAGUGAACAGAUGAGUCCCUACCUGUUUUUAUAUAUAUCUAUGUAUAUGUAUUCAUGGUUAACACUGAGGAAACAUGUUCAUGGACAUUGAGAUAUGGAUUUUAUUUUCAGACGAUGGUACGAUGUCCUUUAUCUCUCUCUGUUUGUUGUAUUUAUUGUUUAGAUUUACAGUUAAACAGCCAGUUCUGUGUUGCAGUAUUGAAAAUAAUUGUUUUUACUGAAACCUGGAGAGUUGGACUGAAUAUAAAGAUUUAAUUUUCAUAACCA